GAUGCAGAGGAAGAGGGGAGACUGAAGACGAGAGCGAGGGAGGAAGAAAGAGGAAGAAAAGUCGAGAGAGGAGAGAGGGAGCAAAAUGUGGGCGCAGGGCUUUUGCAUAGCGGGAGGAUGUAGGAUGUGUCAGUGAGCAUUACCGGACGUAAGGUGGGUGUGGGUACGAGUCAGAGUGAGUUCAGAGAAGAGGGUGGGGGGCAGACACGGAGUGAGGAGUGUGAUACAGAAAAAGAAAGAAAGUGUGAAAAGGCAAUGAAGGGUGCUCAGGAAAGUACAAGAUGUUUGUAACUGGAUGGGUGUGAGACAGAGAGGAGGGGUGAGAGAGGGUGGAGACAGAAAAGCAGGGUGUCCGCAUGUGACUGCAAGUUAGAGAGAGAGAGAGAGGUGUUUUUUAAAAGUUGUGUAGUAGGGGAGUGAGAGCGUGCGGAGUGUAUCCGCCCCCACUGUCCCCUCCGCAGGGCGAGUGAGGCUGAAUGAGAGCCAGGAAAAGGGGAAGGGCCUCUCUCUCCUCCCCUCCAGCUGACAAAAACAGCUGCCUGGGAGCCUGGGCUGGAGAACAGUGCCCGUUUAGUGGACGAGGGUAGAGGGGACAGAGAGAGGGUGAGCGGAGGGGGGGGUCAGAGGGAGAAAGAGAGGAGAAAUAGUCCCAAAUCCAGGGCCCGUCCAUCUCUAUGGGUUGCGUCCUGAGUUCGGACUGGUGCGGGGAGGAAGAGGUUCAAGCGGUGCCGGUGGUCCGGAGUGCAUCUCUGAAGAGGAGGAGCGGAGUGGAGAGGAGUGACAGCAGCAGGAUGAGGCUCACCAAGACAGGGAAGGGGGAGCCCCACGUCUUCAAGGAGAAGACCUUCAAGAAGAAGCGCCAGUGCAGUGUGUGUCGCCAGGGUGUCGACAACGUGGGCUCCUUUUGUAGAGUAUGCAAGACAGCCACUCACAGGAAGUGUGAGGCCAAGGUGACCUCAGCAUGCAUCCCAGCUCCCUCCAAUGAUCUGCAGCGUAGAGGGACCGCUCCUUCUCGGCACGUCCAACACCUGGGUUCCACCAAGUCGCUGACCUACACCAAACAGAGAAACACCCUGCCCAGGAGCUUCAGCGUGGACCGCGUGAUGGAGCGAGUGAUGGAGCGCCACUACGACUUUGACCUGACCUACAUCACGGAGAGGAUCAUCUCGGUCUUCUUCCCCCCGAUGCUGGAGGAGCAGAGAUACCGGCUCAACCUGAAGGAGGUGGCCGCCAUGCUCAAGUCCAAACACCAGGACAAGUUUCUGCUCUUCAACCUCUCCGAAAGGCGCCAUGACAUCAGCCGUCUGAAUCCCAAGGUUCAUGAUUUCGGCUGGCCUGACCUCCACGCCCCGCCGCUGGAUAAGAUCUGUGCCAUGUGUAAGGCCAUGGAGACGUGGCUGACCUCUGAUCCGCAGCACGUGGUGGUCCUGCACUGCAAGGGCAACAAGGGGAAAACGGGCGUGAUCAUUGCAGCAUACAUGCACUACAGCAAGAUCUCUGCUGGUGCGGACCAGGCCCUCAGUACUCUCGCCAUGAGGAAGUUCUGUGAAGAUAAGGUGUCCUCUUCUCUCCAGCCGUCCCAAAACAGGUAUAUCUAUUACUUUGGGGGUCUUCUCUCUGGGGCGAUCAAGAUGAACAGCAGCCCUCUCUUUCUCCACCAAGUUCUCAUCCCUUCGCUCCCCAACUUCCAGGGUGAAGGAGGUUAUUACCCCUUCUUGAAGAUCUAUCAGUCCAUGCAGCUGGUCUACACGUCAGGCAUAUAUGACUUGCAAGGCACUGGAGGUAGGCGACUGGCUGUGACCAUCGAACCAGCGCUGCUGCUAAAGGGUGACAUCAUGGUGAAAUGCUACCACAGGCGAGCCCAAAGUGCUGACAGGGACACAGUGUUCAGGCUGCAGUUCCACACUUGCACCAUCCACGGAUGCCAGCUCUGGUUUGGAAAGGGGGAGCUGGACGAAGCUUGUACCGAUGAACGUUUCCCAUCCGAUGCCACAGUGGAGUUUGUCUUCUCCUCUGGACCUGAGAAGAUCAAAGGCCGCGAGUACCAGAAAAAUGACCCAGCCGUCACAGUGGACUACAACACAGCUGACCCAGUGGUUCGCUGGGACUCCUAUGAGAACUUCAACCAGCGAUACCAGGACAGCCUGGAGGACAUUGCCCACACUAAAGGUCCUCUAGAUGGCAGCCUGUAUGCUCAGAUAAAGAAACGCCGUGGUCCUGGCUCCGGCUCCCUCACCUCAACAAAUGGCAGCAGCCCAGGGGUGGGCAUUACAGAGGAUAGGCCCAAUCACCUCAUUACUCCUGGUUCCGAUUCUGCCCUCUCAGCCCAUUCCAGCCAUUCAAAUCAAUCAUCUGUCCAUCCUGAACGUCAGGACGAGUCGAUUCGCCCCCCACCCCCGACCAGACAGGAAAGGGAGGAGCUGGAGCGCCUUCUCGGAGGCAUUGAGGGAAACGGAGAACGAGAGACCGCCAUCUUGGAUGACGGGGAUUCCUUGCCCUCGGAGCGAAGCGGAACACUGAGGCUCAGCCGGUCAUGUUCCUGUCGGGCUGGUUACCGGUCCCAGCGUUGUGCCGAGCCUGGUUGUGACCGCACUCUCCUCAUGCCCAAUGGUUACUGCCUUGACCGGGCUCCCGGCACCAAUGGGCACCAUGGGGCAACACCCUCUGCCAGCCCCAACUCAGCAGCCCCACCAUCACACAUGGAUCUGUGCCAGCACUACAGCCCCCACUCGCACCAGUCCCUCCCACCUCCAGAUCUGGUGUGGGACCGCCAGAGUGGCCCACCACACUACUUACACCGGUCGUGCUCAGACAGCACCUCAUCUCGCCACCUCUGUCCCUACCCAACUCCAGACCUUACUCCUCACCCUCACCCGCAUAACCACCCACACUCGCACCCCCUGUCUGCACCAGGUCGGCUCUACUAUCGAGGGGAUGACUACGGCCCCUACCACCACCCUCCACCUCACAGCCACCACCACCCCCACCCACACCACCCCAAACGCCCCACCAGCCCUACCUACCAAGACAUAAUGAUGAUGGAUGGUUUGUCGCCCCCUGGUUGCCCAUGCAGGGAUUGCAGCAUCAGAAGAGAGGACCCGGCAGCCUAUCACGGCCUUAGGCUGGACCGAGGUGACAGCUUCCACUGGGACAGAGAGGCAGAGCUUCAACAGAGGGAAGUGGGGUUAAGGAGAGCCAGGGAAGCAGACCUACCAAGAGGAUCAGAGCUUCACUGGGAGAGGGAUCCUGGCCUGAGGCGGGGCAGGGAAAUGUCCCUGCACUGGGAGAGAGACAGGGAAGCCGAGCUGCAGUGGGAGAGGGAGAGAGAAGCUGAAUACUGGCACAGGAGGGCCACUGUAGCCUCAUUUGGCCCACAGGGCCAUGACCUUCCUGCAUUUACCUUUGACCCCUUGCCUUCGGGUCACCCGGCCUAUCCAGAGGCGUCCAGGUCCCAUGCUCACUCCCAUCUGGAUCUCAAGUACAGCAGCAGUAGUAGCGGAUACCAGACGCCCCAUCAGGCCUGCCCAUGCUCGCCCUACCAGCCCUCGCCAUCUGAGAGCAGGGGCUACGCCUCUGGCUAUCAGUCCGAGUCCACCUCUCCUCUGCCCCCUGUCUCCUCCAUGCCAGGGUCCUGCAGCCACAGCAACGGGCCAACGGAGCAUAAUCACAGUCACCACCAUCACCAUCCAGACUCACAGCAGUCAUAUGGCUCUGACUCACAGACUGAUGGCCUUCGUAGUUCUGGUGAAAGUGUGGGCUGGAGGGAUCACAUUAACCAUGGUUCCUUUAAGAGGGUCCACAGAGAUGGCCAUGGUGCAUGCUCAACGCCAUCCGACAUGUCUGGACCGCCCACACCUGUCCACACCAGCAGCCCUGUAUGCACACAGGAAAGUGCCGGUCUGGGAGGGAGAGAGUAUGAGAUCCGGACGACCGACAUCAUCACCAGUGACUAUGAUGCUUCUCAGCCGCAGGACAGACCAUACCAUGACAACAACGUCAUUCAGGAUCCUUCACAAACCCAAACACACAGCACAGAUCCCUCAUCACAAGCACAGGCUGCCAAAGACACACACUCACACGCAGUAGCCACACCUCCUCACACAGAACCCACCAACCAUUGCACUGCACCCACAGACCCAACCCCACCCACCUGCCAGCAGAACCACUGUAGCUCGCCUACAGCUUCAGCUUCCUCCACACAGAACCAGAGCACUAUCCCAUCCAUCACACCAGAUGCAUCUAACCAGACAAACGCCCACUGCCAAACCCCCUCUUCCCCAACCAAAGCAUCGUCUACAACGGAUAAACACCCGCAACCCGACCCCCUGACCCCUCAGACAUCCCACCCUUCAGAGACUGCUGCAUUACCUUGUGUUGUGACACAGGCAGCAUCCCAGCCUCAGAGCCAGACCCAAACCCAAGCCCCUGGCUCUCCAGGACCAAACCCAGCUCAAGUCCAAGUCAAUGGAUCGUCUCCACCCACGGAACCUACCCCAGAAGUCCAUAAACCUGCCUCCACCAGCCCCGGUUCGCCGUCUGCGCCUGUAUCUCCCAGCCCAGCCCCACCCUCUUCUCCCCAGCCCCCGUCCAGCAGCAUGGAGGGUUCCCCCAUCACUGAGGCCCCAGUUCCUGGCUUUGCCACCUUGGCUAGACGGUUGAUGUUGAGUGGGUCUGACCCCCACCAUCUGAACCACAGCCACCACCAUGGACCCCCACAUCACCAUUACCCAGGCAUGGAGCUCAGUGCUGUCGGACACAUGGACAAGCCCUACUCUGCUGCUCAUGAUACCAGUGAGAGGCACUGCUACCCUGCUAACGUUGCUCAGCACCAUCCGCCCUCCUACUCCAACUACUCCACUAUCUCCAUCCCACUUCCUCACCCCCAGCCUCCUCUCCCAGAGAAACGACGGCAGCCUCCAGGCUCACCUAAUGGUGGGGUGGGGACCCUGAGAGCAGCUGUGGGUCAUGGACCUUCCUCCAUGGCCAGCGCCACCCAGCAGCAGCAGCAGCAGCACCAUGUCACGUUCUCUCCCAUGGUGGGGGAAAUGGCGCCCCCUGUGGGAGAAGUUGAGGGAGGGAUGUCCGUGGAGGCUGAGAAUAUCAACAGGGUCAGUGUGAAGUUUGUCCAGGACAGUUCAAAGUUCUGGUACAAGCCUGGUAUCUCCAGAGAGCAAGCAAUCUCAGCACUAAAGGAGAGAGAGCCAGGGUCUUUCCUGAUCAGGGACAGUAACUCCUUCCAGGGGGCCUACGGCCUGGCCCUAAAGGUGGCUACGCCUCCUGUUAACAUCAGCAACCACAGCAGCAAGGCAAGUGACCCUCUGGAGCAGCUGGUUAGACACUUUCUGAUAGAGACGGGCCCUCGAGGAGUCAAGAUUAAAGGAUGUCAGAAUGAGCCCUACUUUGGGAGUCUGUCUGCAUUAGUCUACCAGCACUCCAUCACUCCCAUCUCUCUGCCCUGUGCUCUGAAGAUCCCAGAAAAAGACCUGAUAGGAGAGAUGCAGGAGGUUCAACCCGUGAGCAACAUGAGCACGGCUGCUGACCUGCUCAAACAAGGAGCAGCCUGUAACGUCCUCUACCUGAACUCUGUGGAAACAGAGUCUCUAACGGGACCCCAGGCCAUCGCCAAGGCAACAGACGCUACCUUGGGUCGUAACCCACGUCCCGCCGCCACCGUGGUCCAGUUCAAGGUGACGUCCCAGGGCAUCACGCUGACGGACAGCCAGCGCAGGGUUUUCUUCAGGAGACACUACCCGGUGAACAGCGUCACUUUCAGCAGCAUCGACCCCAAGGACAGGAGGGUGUUUGGCUUCGUCGCCAAGAAGCCGGGCAGCCUGGCGGAGAACGUGUGCCACCUGUUUGCCGAGUUGGAUCCCGAGCAGCCUGCCUCUGCCAUCGUCAACUUCAUCAACAAGGUCAUGCUGCCGCAGCGCCGGUAGAGGGGGGAGGAAGAGAAGCGAGACAUCAGAGCAGACAAGCAGUGGCAUCAAGCAUGUAGCUGACAGAAGGCAUUUACUGUUCACCAGUGGCCAAAUAUUGCCAUUGUGUUCCGAGUUGGGAUGAUAGCGCUAAGGCCGUCUACGCCCUGUGUUCAUGAUCCUUUUGUAAUGGAAACACAUUCAAUUUUGUCUAUUUACCUCUUCAUCUGCUCCAUACACGUCACCUUUCCCUCGAUCAGGACUGAUUGGAUCCAUUCAUUAUUUUUUACUGCCCAAACAGAGUAAACUUGAUUCAAUAUAUACAUCAGAUAAAAGACAGGAUGAUGCGUGUAGUGUUACAACUCUUCCAAAGACGAGGAGGCUUCACCGACCUUUAUCUUUCAUUAAGGUUUAUCCACCUAAUUGUUCUCCAGAAAAAAAAAUACCGUAAAGGACCUUUUCCAAGCCAUCAUCGUGAGUGAAGCUCUGUUGACCUGCCUGUUUAAAUGAUUACAAUGAAAUAUGCCUUAUAUCACCUUUGUCCUUGAAAGAGCGCUGCAAGGAGAAGCAGCAUCCAGCUCUCCUCUGCACUGUAAAAAAAAGCCCAUAAGGUUCAACAUUUUAGACGCAUCUGUCUUUAUAAAAUAGGUGUUUAUAUUUGUAUUGCUGCAAAACCUUGUUUUCCUCACUGCAAAAACAACGACCAAAGCCCUGAUGAUGUAAUUUAGUUUAGACGUUCAGGUAUGCAGAAGCAUGUACAGCGAAGUGAUGACUAUAACUGAUCUUUAACCUCUUACUGCAACUUUGCCUUCCAACUUGCCACAGCAACCUUACCAGUGUAACACAUUUCCGCUAAUCACUGACGACAAUCGUGUUUUUCACUCAGAGACCAAAACGCACCGGCGGGGCGAGAGACAUAACCAUUUAAUGAAAGUAAACAUGAAUGUAAGGUUUUUUUAACUCGAAUGAUGAGUGUGUGAGGGAGUGGUGUGCGUGUGUGUGUGUGUGGGUGGGUGUGUUUAGGGGUUGGUGUGCGGAGGGCGUUAACGCAAACAGGCAGGCCGACCGGAGUUCUUGAUAACAGGGUUUUGUUAGGUCAACUUGCAAGUUUCAAUGUGAUGUACCUUAAGUGGGGGGAAAAAGAUGGAUGGGGAAGGAUGUACAGUGUUGUUCCACUCUGCUGCCACAAAACGAAUGGUGUACAUUAAUUCAUUAAUCAUUCCAGUAAACCUAAUUGCUCCUGUCUAUUCACUCUACACAAUGAGGUAAAUUCUACAAUACACUAUACUGUGUGAUAAAGAAUAAUGAAAUUUACUCAAACACCUUGAGCAAAAAUUAUUUAACGCCACAGCAGUGUAAAAAAUGCCACUGACUUAUAUCAGUGUGAGUACAAGUGAGUGCAAGUGUACAAAGUUAAGGAAGAUCAACACACACAGCCGAGACGGUGGCGUAAGGACAACGUAUUUAACCAAAGACAAAGCACUCCUGUAUUAAUAAGCUUUUUAGCCCGCUAUAUUUUUGUAUUUUUUGCUUCAUGUAUUUUACUAUGCAUUCAUUUAGUGUGAUACUUUGUUCCGUAAGACCUAGAUAAACACUACUUGUAUUACAGCGAUAAUAUAUAUUGUGGUCUGUCUCUUGUUGAUCUCUAUAUUAUGUAGUAAUAUAUUUUCUCACAUGCAGCUAUAGGACAGUGUAAGAAACAAGAGAAAGGAAACAUUUGUUUGUCUGAAAAAGGAAAUUAUGCUAUUUUGUAUGCACAAAUGAAGAAUAUAAUUAAACUGAAACAAUGUGGUACCA